UCCCAGGCCGAGGGGACGGGCUGGGGACCCCAAGGCUGGGGCCGGAGGGUGACACCCGGAGAGAAGGAACGAGGCAGAGACAGACAGAGACACGCGGAGAGGGAGCGAGGGAGCUAGAGGAAGGGCGGAGAGACCGAGAGCCAGAGACACAGAGAGAGCGAGGGAGAGAGAGACCCAGCCCCGCGAGCCAGGGAGCCCGGGGUGCAGGCGCGAGGGGACCGAGGCUCCGGCGAGCCCCAGAGCCGGGACGCCCGGAGCCCCGAGGGCAGGCCAGCCGGCGGCCGCCCCCCGCCCCCGCCCCUCGCCGGCGCAGUAUUUUUAUCUGUGCGUGAACAGCCCUCCUCCUCCUCCUCCCAGCCUCACUCAGCCCGCUGUCGCCGCGGCGCCCCGAGCAGCGCGGGGAGCCGAGACGGGACCGCAGCCCCGGACCCCGCGGCGCGCGCCCCACCCCACUGACCACCCGCCAGCCAUGGACCCCAAGGACCGCAAGAAGAUCCAGUUCUCGGUGCCCGCGACCCCCGGCCAGCUCGACCCCCGCCAGGUGGAGAUGAUCCGGCGCAGAAGACCAACCCCUGCCAUGCUGUUCCGGCUCUCAGAGCACUCCUCGCCAGAAGAGGAGGCCUCCCCCCACCAGAGAGCCUCAGGAGAAGGGCACCACCUCAAGUCGAAGAGACCCAACCCCUGUGCCUACACACCCCCUUCACUGAAAGCCGUGCAGCGCAUUGCCGAGUCUCACCUGCAGUCCAUCAGCAACCUGAACGAGAACCAGGCCUCAGAGGAGGAGGAUGAGCUGGGGGAGCUGAGGGAACUGGGCUAUCCAAGAGAGGAGGAGGAGGAGGAGGAGGAGGAUGACGAAGAAGAGGAGGAGGAGGAGGACAGCCAGGCUGAAGUCCUGAAGGGCAGCAGGGGGUCUGCUGGGCAGAAGACAACUUGUGGUCAAGGUCUGGAGGGUCCCUGGGAGCACCCACCCCCUCUGGAUGAGCCCCAGAGAGAUGGAAGCUCUGAGGACCAAGUGGAAGACUCAGCAUUAAAUGAGCCUGAGGAGGAGCCACAGCGCCCUGCCCACCCUGAGCCUGGCACAUAGGCACCCAGCCUCGCAUCUCUUGGAAGGAAGUGGAGGGGACAUUGCUGUUCCCCAGAAACCCACUCUGUCUCCACCCUAUUUUUUACCCUUCCCCUCACGCGCUAGGGCUGUGGCUACUGACUUCUAGAAGACUAAGGCUGGUCUGUGUUUGCUUGUUUGCCCACCUUUGGCUAAUGCCCAGAGUCCCCGGGAACUUGCUACCUGAUGCCUACCCCUGCCAGUCAUUUCCCCAUUCACCAAGUGGGGGAUGGGAUGUGAGAGAGCUUGCAUUGGAAAGCCCAGUCAAUGGGGACGAAGGUUCAUUCUUCACAGUUCUACUCCCCAGACCCUCUCCCCUGGGCACAGGAAACCACAGGGCAGGACCCUAAGAUCUGGGGAAAGGGUGUACUGAAAACCUGUAACUGCCCUUAGAUCCUCCAUCCCCUGGGGAAUUCCAAGUCACCACCCUUCUCACUGGCUUCUACCAGGGUCCAGCAUUCAGGCAUCCUUUUCACAGCCUCAACAUUUUGGAAGUCUUCCCCUGUUACCUGCUCCCCAGCCUGGGUGCCUGGAAGAUGGACUGGCAGAGGCUGCUUUGUUGCGUUUUGUUUGUGCUUUCAUGCCAGGAAUGCCGCCUAUUACUAAGUCUUUAUGGGGGGUGCACGGUGGGGGAGCCAGGUUCUCCUUGUCCUCCAGCUGCUCAGCCCCCUUCCCCUCUUUCCUGACUCCAGGCCUGAACCAUUCCCGUGCUGUAAUAAAUCUUUGUAAAUAAC